AAUGGGCGUCGUUGGCCAGAGAUGGCGCUAUUGAGUAUAUAUUUGUUUCAGUGCCGUUUCCCUCCAUGGUUUCUGCUCCCAGACCAACUUGGCGCUGGGCUCAGAUCAUUCUACAGUCCCAAAUUCUUCCUCCAUUAAGGCAUCUUUCUACCUCUUUGAGUUGAACAGAAAUUCCUACAGAACCCAAGAGGCAAGAGUCCAACUUUUGCGGGGCGACAUGGAUAUGAAAAAGAGGAUUCAUUUGGAACUGAGGAACAGGACACCAUCUGAUGUACGAGAACUUGUCCUGGACAACUGCAGAUCAAAUGAAGGGAAAAUUGAAGGCCUCACAGUAGAAUUUGUUAAUCUUGAAUUUCUAAGCUUGAUAAAUGUUGGUCUACUUUCAGUUUCCAACCUUCCUAAACUUGGAAAACUUAAAAAGUUGGAACUCAGUGACAACAGAAUCUCUGGUGGCCUUGAUAUUUUAGCUGAAAAACUGUCCAAUCUCACACAUCUAAAUCUGAGUGGAAACAAACUGAAAGACAUCAGUACACUGGAACCCUUGAAAAAACUUGACCAUUUGAAGAGUCUUGACCUUUUCAAUUGUGAAGUCACAAACUUGAAUGACUACCGGGAAAGUGUCUUCAAGCUUCUUCCACAACUCGCAUACCUGGAUGGCUAUGAUAUAGAUGACCAAGAAGCAUCAGACUCUGAUGGGGAAGCUGAUGGAGUCGAUGAUGAUGAGGAAGAGGAUGAGGAUGGAGAGGAGGAAUUUGAUGAAGAGGAAGAUGAUGAUGAUGAUGAUGAAGAUGAGGUUGAAGGAGAGGAGGAUGACGAGGAUGCCAGUGGAGAGGAUGAGCACUGUCUGUCACUUAUGGAAACUAAGAACACAGAAAACAGAUUCAUCAGCAUGGGCCUGUUGGUUUUAGGAGGAAGACUUUGGCCAGGAUGGAGAGGUAGAUGAUGACGAUGAUGAUGACGAUGAUGAUGAAGAAGAGCAAGGAGGAAAGGGUGAAAAGAGAAAACGAGAAGAUGAAGAUGAGGAUGAUGAGGAGGAUGAUUAAGAGCCAAUAAACAACCCUUGUUACUCUUUCCUUCCCCCUCCUUUUCAAAAACUUAGCUAUCCAAUCAACCUUACUACCCCUCCACAACUCCUCCUUUACCCAUGCACAUCUCCUUGUGGGGGCAAGACUUCACCAGAUGAGUGGAGCAUGUGGAGCUGUUCAAAUGGAGCCUACAAGUUGAAUGAGAACCUUCUGAAUCAUUGGCUUACUCAGCAUUCCACAAGUUCACUGUCAACCCCCUGCCCAUUUGUGUUUCAAAACCUGUGAGGACUUUGGGGACAGGUAUUUAGUUUUGGGUCCGUGCUUUUAAUAUUUUGUUGAAUUAUUUUAUUUUUUUGCACCCCUUUUUUGACAUUUUCUCCCCCUUUAGUUUUUUCCAAAAUUCCCAAUAAGAUUGCUAUAGCAGCUGUGUAACAAGCUAGCCAUAAUUUUAGUGUGGCAGCUUGUGGUGCAAAUCAAGGUUGUAGCUACAUUUUUACUUUGUGUAAGAUGAAAAGAAACUUUGUAAAUAAAAUAACAUUUUGUGCUUUA